AUGGCAGCUUCGGGGGCCUCGCACCAGUCCAUCAAGGGGAUCCUGAAGAACAAGAGCAGCCUCCAGGGCUCCGUCAUCCUGCCCCGGACCCCCUCCGCCUCCACCUCCAGCGCCACCGUGCGGCGGCGCCCGAAGCCGUCCAGCUCCGUGGCCACUGAAGAGGACUUCGGUAAAAAAUCCCAGAAGUGGGAUGAAAUGAAUAUCCUAGCAACCUAUCAUCCAGCAGACAAAGACUAUGGUUUAAUGAAAAUAGAUGAGCCCAGCACUCCCUACCACAGUAUGGUUGGUGAAAACGAUGAGGACGCCUUGAGUGACUCUGAAACGAAUCAAAUCCUGAUCCCAGAAGUCUUGGCCCGGAAGUUAUCAGCUGCAGAAGGCUUGGAUACAAAGUUCCUCGUUCAGGGUGAGAGCAGUGAAGAGGAAGAGAACCUGACCCUCGAAGAGCAGGAAAAACGGCGUCAGUUUGAGAUGAAGAGAAAGCUUCACUACAACGAAGGACUCAACAUCCAGCUGGCUCGGAUGCUUAUUUCCAAAGAACUUCCGGGGUUCUCCGAGGAGGAUGAUGAUGAUGAUGAUGAUGAUGACGACAACAAAAUAAGGCCUGGGAGGAGCAGCCAGUUGCAAAGCUAA